ACUUGAUUUAUUUGAUGGAGCAGAUUGAUGAUGAUCCCAUUCGGGAGAACCCUUAGCUCGUCGCAUUGGACCAAAGUUUCUAAAAUUUAUGUCGAUCAACCAACAUGACAAAAACAAGAUUUGAGUCUUUUGACUAGAUAAAUCGUCAGAAGCUAGCUCAUACACGUACACGGACCACGCCUACGUAGGACAACACCAAUUUAAUCCGGUACACUGUAUGUAAAACAAUAAUUUCGAUAAAAUUUUACAUGAAUAUAACGUAUGUUUGAUUUAAAGCAAUGGAUUUUGAAAUUUUCAAAAUAUAUAUUUUUCAAACAUAUACACAAACAUACAACAUUACUCUCAUUCAAUAAAUUUAAUAUAUGACAUUUCAUUUGCCCAGUCUUUGUUACCCCUACUGUCAAGUCAAAUCAUCCAAUAUCUUUCAACGACCAAUCAAAUUGAACCAUGUGCUUCAAGCAAUUCACGUAAACAAACGCGGUGAAGUCAAACGAAGAGAAUUCACCAAAAGUUGUUCCCAAGUCGCUGAAUAGGCUUAAUACGUUUUGCUUUGGAUGGAGCUUUCAUUUCAAGAUGGAUGACCUGACCCAGUUGCGGAAGCAGUACAACAGUCUACAUCGAGAGCUGAUUGAUAGACAACAUGUCCUUAAUUCCUACCUCAAAGGCAAGCUUCCAACUCAAAGAGAGUUAGAGGAGGAGAAUGAACGUAUCAACUCUCAGAGACAUGUUCCUCCUGGGAACUCCCAUUUCACCAGCACUCCGAUAAGACACCCUACAAGAUCACCUACAAGAUCACCUACAAGGUCAACGAGAAGGUCACCUUUCCACCCGAGAGGCAGCACUUUCCAUGAAAGGGGGAGGUCGGAUGAGCACACACCCGGCAAACGCAAAUCUGACAUGGAUACGCCGCGUCAUAUCGGAAGAGGGUCCAACCUGAUGCAUCAUGGGUCUGAAUCGAAACGCCAGCGGAGCAUGGAGAGACCGCUCCCUCGCUCUCGCACAAACAGAGAGGGUCCAAGUUCUUAUUAUUCCUCUAGAAAGCAAUCCAAUCGACACAGGGGGGAUUCAAGAUGCAGGAGUCCUCAUAGACCAGCUCAAACAACAAAUGGUAGUAUUGAUGAGAGAGGACAUCGGGGAUGUGAUGAUGACUAUGAGGAGAAUGCUGGUGAAGGAAGUUACGUUGAGCAACUUUUAUCUCAAGGAAAUGAUCGAUUGACUGCUGCUAGGUCAAGGGAGGUCACUCCAAACCCAAGGUCUAUUCUUCUGACACCAGGGUGUCGUCCAAAGAAGACACCUAUGAGAGUUAGCUUUCUCAAUAGACUGAACAGAGGCCACCAGAGCUCCCCCAUCAGACCCCUUCCUCGUUCCCUCCGCGAUGAUAGCUUAUCACAGGCCGUGUCCCUUCAGGGUAGUCUCCAUGACCGUAGCUAUGGCAACACGACUCAACCCUUGCUGGGCUAUGAUUGGAUCGCUGGUAUGAUGGAUAACAACCCUGCCCUUGGAGAGAAGUCCGAAGCCUACCUGGAAGGGAUCAAAGAGUUCCGUCAGAUGAACAGGGACGAGUGUGUGCAUGCAACCGUCAUGGAUGAUGCAGCUGAUGGAAUAAUGAACAUAUCCCGGGGUAAUGAAGAUGUUCAUGAACCGUAUCCUGAGCCCAAAGAACAUAAAUGUAUUCACAACUAUGUGCUCAAUGAUAGGCUGUAUGCUGUGCCGCUGCAUGAAAACAAUGCCGGAGAGAGCCUGUGUGCUAUCUGUGAGCAUAGAAGGAGCAGCGAAAAGAAAUCCCUAUCUUCACCUUCUUAUAUUAGGGUCAGUAUUCCAAGAUCCACUCUUCAAUCGCCGUACCAUGUUCGUCCUCAUCGAAGGCAGAGCUUUGAUCCUACUGACUCUAUGGGCUUGUCUCAACACUGUUUAGCUGGUUGGCAGAACUCCCGUCCGUCCAUGAUGCCUCCUGCAUCUACUAUUGAUCUGAAAGCAUCCCUGGAUAAAACUAUGGUGGCUGCAAACACUCUUUUUGACCCAUCACUGGAUGGGUACCAAGACACGACAGCAGGGCGCCCUCUUGGCCCAUCUCGCCACACGCACGAGCUUCUCAACCGUUCGCAUGCACUGAGGGUAGACCUCCAACGGCUAGAAAGGGCGGGGCUCUCCAUGGCUGAAGCAAAUUUCAAUGUCUCUAGAAAAUAUCCCCUUUUAUGAUGAGGUCAAAGGUCAAUCAUAUAUGUUCUCAUUUUUUCAGAAUUUAUAUAUAUUUCAUGUUGCUUUCCAAAGUGGUAAUGAAAUGAAAAACAUUCCUUAAUUAUAAAGAAAUAGGUUGAGAUGCACUUCCGAUUCAUUUCUGAAGUAUAUGAGUUUAAUAAAAAACAGAGUUUAGUUUAUAUAAACCUUGUUAUGUUUAUUAUGUUUAUAGCAAAGAUAACAACACCCCCAAACAAAAACAGUAAAAAACACAUUUUGAUAGCGUCAAUCCUUGCUAAUGAUUCAGUUCUCUCAUGAAUAAAACCAAUACAAAGUUGGGAAUACUGGCGUACAGUGGGGGGGGGGUGGGCUUAGAAUAGUUCCAUGAUUGAGAAAAAAAAGAAUAAGCAAAGAAGAAAAAGAAAGAGAAUAGGGUAAAAUAUGAAAUCAUUUUCUCGAUAAUUAUGAUUAAGCCUGUCAUAAAAGACAUUUUCGUGGUUUGAAAAGAGAUUUUUUUCUAACUCACUUAUGACUUCAGUAAAUUUCCCUUGUACUUUAUGUUCUGCCCAGUCAACUUUUUUUUGCUCACUUUGCCACUUGUUAAGAAAACCAAAAUAUCAUGCAGAAGACUAUUUAAUGAUACACUGUCUGUAGUACACCUACCCUUCAUUGACACGAGCUUUCAAGUGACAUAUCUAUUAGAAUUGGAAUUUAAUAUUUUACUUGUGCCAUCUUUUUUUGCAAAAUUUCAUUUACACUCUUUAUCAAUGGAGAGAAAGAAUAGGCAAGACAUACUGCAGUCAUGACUUUUGCAGGAAACAAAAGUUGUGUCACUUGCUCCAUUUUGAAACUGUAGUGGAAAUGAUGAGGCUGGCUGGAAGAAAAUGUGGAAACAGCAAAUGUGUUUGCGAUAUCGAUUUACCCAACAUUGUGAUCCAUGGUAAAAGAAGUUAAACUCCAAUUUUAUUUUUCAAAAGAGACUUCCUUGAUUGAGUUGAUCUGUUCACUUUAUUUGCACUACAAACCUGUGCUCUAAUGAUUGAGAAAAAACGAAGGGGGUGUUGCAAGAAGGCAAAGUUACAAGUGAUAUACCAGGGCCUUGUCUUACAAAGAGUUACGAUUGAUACGAUCAUUCUCAACUAUGGAAAGCCAGCAACGUCAACAUCUAAAAUGCAUGUUUGUUCAAAUAUUUUCUAGAUGUGAUGUAUAAUCAUACAUUCAUUGUUUUCUUAAAAAUUCAGUGUUACUCUCUCUGUUUACAAAGGACAUCAUGCAAAUUUUUUGUAGAAAAAAUGACGACAUUGAUGGAUUUCCAUAUAGUUUAGAUUGAUCAGAUCAAUCGCAACUCUUUGUAAGAUGGGCCCUGUUGUAACAAAUGCAAAUUGAUUUUACUGCUUUUUGCAAAAAGCAGACAAGCAGUCUAGUAGAUGUUGCUAUCAAUUGCCAGACUUACAAUUAAUUUUUGGAUCCAAACAUGACAAAAGUUUUGUGAUAUUGUUUUACACAAUAUUGUGAUCCAUGACGAAAGGAAUUUAACUCCAAUUCAAUUUUUUUCAAAAGAGACUUUCUUGAUUUAGGGUUCAUCUAAUAUGCUUUCCAAACUUUUGCUCUAAUGAUGAAGAGAAAAGCCAAGUGUUUGUGAUACUGCCCGGUAACUGGUUUACACAAUAUUGUGAAUUUAUGAUGAAAGGAAAUUUCCUCAAUUUUAAUUUUCAAUAGACUUUCUAGAUCAAGGGUUCACUUCAUUUUCUUAAGUAAAAGUUUAUGCUUUGAUGAAGAAGAAAGAAGUUAAGAUCACAUGUUUCCCAAUUUAUACAAUUAUGUAGACACAUGUUGCAAAACAAUGACAGUAUAAAUAUGAUCAGGUAUCUUUUAAUUUAGACACUUAGUUUAUGCCAAAGUUGUCUCUCUUUGUCAUUGGCUGAUGAAAGUUGUUCAUGUUGGUGCUCUGAGACUUGAAUGGUAAUUAAGUGGCUACUGUGAGAUUUGUAGCAAUAGUAUACAUUGUCCAACAUAUAUUUGCAUGCAGAACUACCAAAGGUGAACAAAUCAUGCUUUAGUGAUCACAGUGUUAUAAAAAAAAAUCAUACAUUAUGAUUAUUUCUUGUAAAUCAAACCUCACUAUUAGAUUUAUUCUUAAAUUAAACUAAAAGAUGAUGAGCCAUCCCUUUUUGGCAAGGAGCAUUGAUUAACUAAUGUUCUACUUUAUGAUAGAUAGCUUUAGGGCAAUUCAUAUCAUAUGAUCAACCUUUUUGUACAUUCGACACAUAUUUUCGUCCAUUUUUACUUCACUUCAGCAACUGCUAUUAAAAAAAGCCAUUUUAAAUUUAGGGAGCAUUACAAAUUUUCUUAAGAACUAAAAAAAAAAAAAACAGAAAAAUCAUUUUAUCCUUUGUGUUGAAUUUAUAAAGGUCUUGUGUUGAUUGAUGUGAACAUUCAUGGUUGUGAUUAAAAUUUUGUUGUGGAACUGAAAUGAUAUCUUAA